UGUUUUGUAACACUGAAAGAAAUGCAUCUGAAUUUUUAGAGACAAAGUAGCCUAGGGGGUAUUUAUUCUUUGCACCCAAAAGCGAAGCUACGAUUUAGACUUUUAGCCUAUACAUCUAAAAAUGGAUACAACUCUGAUCAAGUCUAAGGUAAAGCGAAAAUCAUCAGGGAACGAGGAAGAAACUGCCAGCAAGAAGAAGACUAGAAAAAAAAGCCUGUUAAGUUGUGAGGUUACGAGGGGAAAGAGUUCGAAAACACAUGGAAGUGCAUCAUCUAAUGAGAAGAAAGCACACGUUGAAAAAGUGAAAAAAGAUGCAACGGAUACAAUUCUAAAUAAACCAAGAGCCUCUCAAAGCUCCACUCGUAAAUCUAAAGAAUCGGGCAAGGAGAAGAUGAAGGAUGACUCCAGGAACACAUCUGCAGUGAAGAAAAAUGAGAAAGGACAGUUGGUGUUCAAAGACUUCCCAGAGUUCAGGCCCAACAUGACUCCUAAGGAAGUGUUGCAAGCAGGCAGCUUUGGGGGUACCUAUUUCAGACCCAUCUACUCAAGCGUCACAAAACAAAACUACAAAGAUGUCUGUAAGGAACUUCCCGAGGACUGGCUAGAAGGUUUAAACAUUUCUAAACAGGUGGCCUCACCAACCUACAGGACCAGUGUGAACACGUAUGAGGUGAAGUGUGGAGGCAGUUUAGAGAUGUGGGAGAGCAGUGGCUGGAUUGUGUCUCAGGACCCUUAUGGCUGGUUUCAGUGGUACUGCAGGUUUUAUCAGGGUCGCCGCACAAAAGAUGAUGAACGCCAGAUCAGCCGAUGGGCAAAGUGCGCCGGGGUGAAAGGACGCUGGAGGAACAACCUCAUCACUAAAAUUGUACGGUCGGGCUGUGGUUACGACAACCACACUGUUUCCCCUGUGGUGAGACAGACUUUGCAGCACUGGGGCUACCGACUCUGUCAGGAAGACUAUAAAGAGGGUGCCAAGAGAGUCAAACCCAAGUGACCCACUGCUGAAACUUAAACGUUCCACAUACUCGACGCACCCGACCGGUAGCGCGACAAUGUGACGUCACAGAAACGCCGUAACCAUUUUAUUCGUAGCGUCGUGGGUCGCGAC